AUGCAUGGCACACACGCCUCCCACAGCAUCACACAGCCUCUCACAGUGCCACAUAGCCUCCCACAGCACCACACAGUCUCUCAGCGCCACACUGCCUCCUACAGCAUCACACAGCUUCCCACAGGGUCACGCAACCUCCCAAAGUGUCACACAGCCUCCCACAGCACCACACAGCCUCCCACAGCACCUCACAACCUCCCACAGUACCACACAUCCUCUCACAGCAUCACACAGCUUCCCGCAGCACCAUACAGCCUCCCACAGCAUCACACAGCUUCCCACAGCACCACACAACCUCCCACAGCACCACACAGCCUCCCACAGCACCAGACAGCCUCCCACAGCACCACACAGCCUGCCACAGAACCACGCAGCUUGCCACAGUACCACACAGCCUCCCACAGCACUUCACAGCCUCCCACAGCUCCACACAGCCUCCCACAGCACUACACAGCUUCCCCACAUCAUUAUACAGCCUUCCCACAGCACCACACAGCCUCCCACAGCACCACACAACCUCACACAGCACCACACAGCCUCUCACAGCAUCAGAUAGCCUCCCACAGCGUCACACAGCCUCCCACAGCACCACACAGCCUCCCACAGCACCAUACAACCUCCCACAGCAACACACAGCCUCCCACAGCAUCACACAACCUCCCACAGCACCACACAGCCUACCACAGCACCACACAGCCACCCUUUCCAGACCACGGCGGGUCGUUGGGCCUGAAAUGGUCUGACCUCGUCUUUCCAAACUUAGAAGAGAGUCUGAGUGAAAAAUACGUGUAA